AUGCCGCCGGUCACGCGUAGAGUGGCUGCGAACACGUCUGGGGUCGCAAAGAAACCUCCGGCGCGCAAACCUCGACCAACACGUCCUCGCGAAACCUCAGAAAGCUGGGGACUGCUCGACGCAGGGAGCGACGAUCGCGUUCCAACACCGGACAUUGCCUUCGAUGAGGAAAUCGUCGCGACGCGCGAGCGGCCCGAUGUCAACGAAGCAUUGAAUCCUCUGCGCGAGAUGGCCGAGCGCGUGGGCAGGGAAGUCGAGACAUUCGCCGAACGGCUCGAUGAGUUUCUGGAGAACUUGCCCGCGCAUAGCAAGUUCCAAGCGGUGUUGGGACUGGUGGAGGAGUUCAAGCACAUCUCCAAGGAUGCCGCCUUCAAGCUCGAGGAAAGCAACCAGCGGGAGAGGGCCGACCAGCUGCGCAAGGAAUGGUCUGAGCAGGCCAAGCUGUCAGCCAAUUCCAGAUCAUUCUCUGCGUCGACGAUGAACAAGUUGUCCUCGCAGACCGGGCAGAAGUCUGCGAGACUCACGGAGUGGAGGCAAUGCAAGCAGGAGGCAGACCUUUGGGAGCUGUUCGACAUUGUGCUUAAGCUGCAUCACAAUCCGGACAAGAAUGCAGUGCAGCAGGACAAGGAAGAGGAGCUGGCGAGACUGGGUCGUCCGCACCGCUACACCAGCGAGAGUGAAAUCUGGGAGCACUUUAUUCUCAACGAUGAUCUUGCCCGCGAACGAUUUCUGAUCAAACGGUGGCUGGAAGAGACUGUGGAGCAUCAAGAAAGCGAUCUACCGGGGAUAUUGGAGGAGUUGGAGGCGAGAACAUCACAACGCAAGGGCCUGUGGUCGAGUGGCUGGAUGAACACCCGAGAGAAGAUCAAGGGCGAGAAGAGGUUGAGAUCAUGGCCRACGUCUCCUGGCGCACCACUACCACAAAUUCGGAAUCGGGACAACACUGAGCUGCUGGUCACUACCCUCGAUCCGGAUGCGAGGUCACGACAAGGCCGCGCUCUGGAAGAGGAGGACGUGUACUUUGAACGCGCCAUGUGGAUCGCCUGCUGGGAGAUGCUACGGCGUGGCAAGUCGUGGUCAUAUGUCAGCGAGUGGUGCGAGACUCACAAGGAAGGCUGGCGUGCACUCUCCAUCGGCAAAGGUUCUGAUACCAGUCAGAACGUGUCCAACGCCGCCUGGCGGAAAAUGUGUUUCCUGGCUUCCCAGUCUGGCUGCUCCAAUGAAUACGAGGCCGCUGUGUAUGGGCUUCUCGGCGGUAGCGUGAAAGCUGUCGAUAAGAUCUGCCGAACAGUGGACGACAAACUCUACGCGUACUACAACGCUAGUCUCCUCCGACAAUUCGACCAGUAUCUUGCAACAAGCUUUCCAGAUCGAGCCCCUCUAUUGCGGCGGGUGAAUGAGGACGCCCUCAAACAUCCCGAGGAAGCAAUCGUCUCACUGAUAGGUGAGCUGAGGCGGAAUCCAACGACGAGCACGGAAUCCAUCCAGCCCAUGAAAAWAAUUCAGAGUUUUCUKCUCGCUAACGAUAUUGGGAGCUUCAUACAUACCCUUGGUUAUGCCAUAGCCUACCUGGACAGUCAGAAUGAUACACCUACGAAGAUGAUUGUGCCUCUCGACCAGUUCUGGGAGGGAAAUCGCAACAUGGCAGAAGCAGAGGUUGCCUUGGAUCCCCAGGCCCUUCGAGUUGCAAAUCACAUGGCCAUCUUGCUCCGUGUACUCAGCGAAGAGCAGCUUGACGACAAUGCUAGAGAUUCGGAGGAGAAUGUCAUUGUUGCGUACAUCCAGACACUUCGUGUGGCCAGGAAACGCGACCUUGUUCCUCUGUACGCAUCAAGACUCACUUCAGCAAGGGCCACCCUCACUAUGAGCCAAGUGCUACAGGAUGUCACCGACUACAAUGAGCAGGAGGAAUUGCUGAAACUGCUUGUACAAUACCGACUUCACAGCGUCCAGAUCAUCAAUGAGCAGCUCCGGUUCGUACUCGAGCAAAACGUCGGCGAGGGCAUUGAGACUCCGUUGAGGAUGUUGGAAUACAACACCACUCCUAUCAUGUACCCUGGGCAGUGCAUUAUCAACGGAUUCUACGACGUGGAACCGACGGAACAAGACGAUGCGGUUAUCAGGAGCUUACGCUGGUUCACAAUCAUCGAGAGCCAUUGGGCGGAAACAUUCUUCGCUCUAUCGCUAGCGCUUCGGAAAUGUCUAGUUGCUGGUCGCCUCGCUUGCGCUAUCGCCAUCAUCGAUGAAUUCCCAUUCGAGCAAGUUAGCAUGCAAAAGUCGUACAGCGUGUUUGGUACCACGGUCAACAUGACCGAAUACGACAGCGCGCCAUCAACUGUUGAUCCCGAGCUAUGGAGAGAGCUUCUCGGUCAAUCAAAAACCUAUCAAGAGCUUGAGUCUCUGGUAAAAGCAAUUGCUGCGCUUGCACAGUGGCGGGCAGCGGAACACGAAUACACUCGCAACCAUCAAAAACAACUCAGCCAGUCCCGCGCCCCCAUCGACCUGAGGGAGGCCAAGUCCUUCGUCGACGAAUACAUGGAGGUGGUACUCGACGGCAUCCUCACCUCGCCUGCCGAAGCCGACGCAGAAGAAAUCGCAGAUCUCGAAAAGAUCCGCCUAGACUACAUCCCCGAAGUGGUCAUCGCAUACAACACUGUGUUGCACACAGCCGGAUCUCUCAUCAGUCGUUCCAAUCUGAUUGACAGCAUGGAUUUGUCCGUCAAGGUUGCGAAGGAGGGAAAUGGUCUUGCCGAGAUAUUUGUUAAAGCGAAACGCAUGCGGGAAUUGGUCACUUCUUUUGCGAUGACAAGUAAGGCUAUGCUGGUCCUCAAAGAUGCCGGGAGGGAAUGGAAGCCUAAGAGGGAUCGCGAGGGCAAGGAUUUGGGAAUGUGGGAAGCGACGGCUCCCGUGAGGGGAAUACCAGGAUUGGAGAAUGGGGAUGUGCCACAACAGAUCUCAUUUUAG